AUGACAAUGGAAGAUCGCACGGGUGGCAUCGACCGUGCCGCCCCCGCGACGUCCACGACGGCCACGACGGCGCUAACCUCGUCCACCCCUCCGUCCAUCAGCGACGUCACCACCGAUGCCUCUUAUCCUCUUCAACGCGCCAGUAAACGAUCCUUCGACGUGGCCUUCCUGGUUGCCCCGGAUGAGAACCUGGCUCGCCGUCAGAACGAGAAGAUGAGGAUGGUAACCAAUCGGAAGCAGCCUCGGGAAGAUGUAACGGAGAGCGUUCUGGAUUCUGACAGGCUGCCUCAGAAUCUGACCAUCAAGAACUAUGAUAGUGACGCUGGAGCGUCGGACAGAAGGAGGAUGCUGCACUGUACAGAAAAUUCGCUGAGUCCCCCGUACAUCUCGCCGAGGACCCUGACACCCACUCUGCCGUGUCUGUCGCCGGAGAACGACGUCAGGAGAUACGUCACUGGCAGUCGUCUGCAGAAGUCACCCAGUCCUCCGACGUUUGGACCUCAUCAGGCGAUAUUGGCCACCUGUCCAGAUGCUAUGGAGCCAAGUCUAGCUUGCAACAAGGUCUACGACACCGCUAUUCCGUGUCAGACGGACAGACACGAGUCUCGCAGCGCCUUCACGAAAGUGGCUCUAACGGGUCAACGAAACGGCUUCAGCGACGACGGUCAAACCUCACCCAGGUCGUCCAUAUCACCCGACGACCGCACCAGCUACCAGAGCAGCGUCAGUCCACCCGUAGUUCCUCUGGCUGCCACCGGCGGCUACAAGUACGCUCCGUUUCCCGCCAAAAUGGCGUACCCAUUUCUGGUCAAUCCCGAAAGUCAACCCGGCUUACUGGAGAACCUCAAGAUACCCCAGAUCGCUCAACCGCCCAAAGUACCCAGCCCUAAAAUGCCCACCUUCCGACCCGACAUUCCUCCGGUCUACCCUAACCUCCCUUACAACCCUAUCUCCGUAUUUCCGCCGAUGGCCGAGGCUCUCACCAGACCCAGAUUUUUAGCGACGGCGGCAGGUGUGGCCGGUCUUCUUCCGCCUUCGUUCGCUGCUCUGACACUACCUGCGCAGAACGUGUGCGCCAAGUGUAACCUGUCCUUCAGGAUGACGUCCGAUUUGGUGUACCACAUGAGGUCGCAUCAUAAGAACGAGAACAGCGGAGAGGCUGCUAGGAGAAGACGAGAGGAGAAGCUCAGGUGUCCAGUCUGCGACGAGAGCUUUAGGGAGAGACAUCAUCUCACCAGGCACAUGACCGCUCAUCAGGACAAGGAGAGCGACGCUAUUGUGGAUCAGGUCGAAGUGAAGAGACGGGCCACUACGGUUCACAGCAAGUGA